AUGGCUGCGCUGGCGGCUUCUUCGCUUAAUGGCGUUAAGAUUUAUAAUUUGUCAUCGGGUAAAACGUUGCCGCAAUGGCUAAAUGAAAAAGGCGGUAGUCGCAAAGCUUUGGCCAAAGAUGAGGAUUACCGUCGUCGUGUGGAGCUGCUGCAGGACUUUCACUUCCCAGCCGCCUCACAGCGCGUACGCAUGUCGGCGGACGGCAACUUUGUGGUAGCUACUGGCGUGUAUCCUCCGUCUGUUAAGGUCUUUGACUUGCGUGACCUGAGUCUCAAGUUUGAGCGAGGUCUGGACGCUGAGGUGGUGCAAUUUGAGGUGCUGGCCGCCGACUUUGGCAAGCUGGCAUUCCUGCAGGCGGACCGGUCUGUGGCCUUUCAUGCACCCUAUGGCACACAUUACAACAUGCGAAUUCCUAAGUUUGGUCGGGAUAUGACGUACCACCGUGAGAACUGUGAGAUUUACGUGGCUGCAUCCGGUUCGGACGUGUACCGGAUCAAUUUAGAUCAAGGUCGAUUUGUGGCUCCAUUGGAGUUGCAGUCGCAGUCCUCGGCAGCUAAUGUGAUACAACUGAACCCUGUUCAUCAGCUCAUUGGAGUCGGGUGUGAAGAUGGCGUGGUGGAGAUGUUUGACUCGAGGAGUCAGCAACGUGUGGGCAGUCUGGACGUCGCGGCACAGUGUACGUCGGCCAAACCAACCAAACAAGUGGAGGUCACGGCAUUGAGAUUCGAUGAUGACGGACUGACAUUUGGGGUUGGCACGUCGGAAGGGCAGUGUUUGCUUUAUGACUUGCGCUCGUCGCGACCGUUGCUGGAAAAGGACCACCAGUACGGACUACCGAUCGUAAAUCUGCAAUUCCAUGAUUAUGCGCAGAAGGUAAUUUCGUCGGAUGCUAAGGUGAUUAAGAUCUGGAAUCGUCGGGAUGGCGCUGUGUUUACAAAUGUAGAAACGCCUGCUGAGGUGAAGGACGUGUGUGUCGUAGAUGGAGCACAGGGAAAGUCUGGAGUUUUGCUUGUGGCAGGCGAGCAGGAGCGUGUGAUGAGCUACUAUAUCCCUGAGCUGGGCAUCGCUCCAAAGUGGUGCUCGUUCUUGGACUCGCUUACUGAAGAGCUCGAAGAAGAGGCACAGGCCACCGUCUACGACGACUACCGGUUCGUUACGCGCGCGGAGAUCGCCACGUUUGGACUGGAUCACCUGGUGGGCACGCCGCUACUCAAGGCUUACAUGCAUGGUUUCUUUAUGGAUGCUCGUUUGUAUAACAAGGUGAAGGCUGUGUCGGAGCCGUUUGCGUACGACGAUUGGCGCAAGAAGAAGCUUAAAGAGAAGGUUGAGGCCAAACAGAGCAACCGUAUCACUAUCCAGCGUCGGCUGCCUAAGAUCAAUCGCGCUACGGCGGAGCGCAUUCUACAAAGCGAUGCCAAACGAAAGAAAAACAGCAAGGAGGUCGAUGCCGACAAGGCGUUCUUAAACCCGUUGGGCGACGAACGGUUCUCGCGCAUGUUUACGUCCACGGACUUCGAAGUGGAUGAGGAAAGCGAUACGUACCGUAUGUUGCACCCGAACGCUAUUAACAUGAAGCAACAGCGUAAGCAGAAAGAGGACAUGGACAGUGACGCUGCCACCGAUGAUGACGAGGGCGAAGAUGAUGGUCGUUUCGCCCGCGUCGACGACGAAGAAGAUGAAGUCGAGGGUAGACCAAGUGACGAAUCCUCUGACGAAGAGGAGCAAAAUGAAAUUCACGUGCGUGCACCUCAGCAAGCCGCUUCAAAGGGCAAGCGGAAACCAGCACCCAAGUUUUACGAGAUUGCAGAAGGUGAAAAGAUGGGCGACCUCAUGUCUUUCGGUUCAUCAAAUGACCGUGCAGCUCAACGUGAGAAGAAGCAGUUGGCCAAGUUGCCACUUGCCGAGCGGUUGCGUAUGCAACGCAUUACAGAGAAGGAGCGUAGUGCAUUCAAGAAGGAGGAGACUGCAGGUGGAGGUUACAUCCGCGAGAUGUCAUUCGUGCCCCAGGCCGAUCUUCGGAAGCAGCAGCGUGCCCGGGAACGUGAAAAUGGUGACGAUGGCGAUUCAGCAUUCGGCAAUGACAAGCGACGGAAGAAACGUGGAGUUGGGGACCUAAAGCUGUCGAAACCUGCAGGGCGAGGUCGCUUCCGCAGAUAA